CGGACAUGACAUAAAUUUGUGUGAAAUUCAAAUUUGUGCAGUUAGUUUUAAACACGCAAGGAAGAAGAGAAGAUAUAACAGGGAGGCAACAUGCCAAAUCCAAAGCGAAGCCGUAGAGGAGGAAAAUCAGCAUCUAUUGCCAGUAUUCAGGAGGAUGAUUCUGAGAACUCGCAGGGGGGAACUACUGGCCUGGACAAGUUAAUUGCCUGGCUUGAGGAUUUUGAUAUGCAAUUUGAAAACAGACUUGCCCUUUUUGAUAAAUUAUUUGCUGAAAAGUUGAAAGCAGUAGAACGGUGUUAUGCCUUGGAACGUAUGAAAAUUCCUCCUGAAAUUUUAAAUAGCAAAUUGGUGACAGAAGAUAGUGGAUUGCUCAAUUCCAACAAUACAACAUUAAUGGAAAAAUCAGUCCAAGAAGCUGAUACUACAUUGAAGCCUCGUCAUCGUAAGAGAACUCGCUGUGUGACAGUAAAUUCACCUAGAGCUUCAACAGAGUUGCGUCGAGUAACACGCAGUAUUUCAUUAAACAAUAAAUAUAGGAUACCAGAACACAUAUCAUCUGUAAGUUUCAAGACUCCAGCUAUAAAGUCAAACUUUGCAUCUGCUCCCAGUCUUAUAACACCUAAGGUGGUGCCCAAUGCGCCUUUAUCUAUGGUGCGGUAUCCUCGCCAAGGGGAAUUGGCAGUUUCCUUGUCUGGGAGUCCCCUGAUGGUCUCUUCAACACUGUGUGAACAGAAUGCAAAUGUGAACCUUCGCCUAGCUGACGGAAGGGUGGUGUCGAUUUUACCAGAACCAAAUUUGCGCCCAUAUGAUAUCCCCCAAGUUGACGAAGAAACAAGACAACAGUUGCUAACUUUGCGAGAACAUAUGAAUACUCUUAUCAACUUGGUUCACUACUGAAAACUGCGGAAAUUAUGUUGUAUUUUUAUUGACAGAUCCACUUGUUUUUCUUUUAAAUCUGAAGCAGCAAUGGAUGAAGGUGAACUUAAUUACUAAGAAGUACACAUUUAAUAGAUUGUAGUGGUUUCAUUAAUGCAGAAAAUUGUCACUCAUUAAUUUAAUUUAAUUGAAUGUAUUAUAAUUUUUGUACAAUGUAAAGUGUGAAGGAAAAUUGUUUUUUAAUGUUUAUGAAGUAUGGUCAAGGAAUGAAAAGGAUGUUAGGACAGCAGGAGUUUUGAGUGUGGAUAUAAACAGACAUUGGACUUGUGCCUUGAACUUGACACAAUAUUUUACACACACAUUUUUUUUAAACAGAAGCACUAAUUUAGGGAAAUUCAUUCAAAAAGCAGUGACCCACUUUUUUAUUAUUAAAAUGCUUUGAAAAAUGAAACUUGUUACAGAAUGAGCCAGUUCAUUGGUUACAUUUUCAUUACUCUUCCAUGUAAUCCCUUUUACUGUCAGUGGUGUUACAGCAAGAAGUUAUUGUGCAUUUCUUGCUGGCAAAGGUCUGUUGUGCCUUUUGAAGCUCUGUUGUACUCACAGACUGCCUUCAGGCCUCUUAAAUGUUCCUCACUGAUUCAUCCUAUGCUGACAGAGACCCACUUACAAUCCUUUGAUUCUAAUAUAAAUUAAGACUGCUUCCUGCUUUGAUAUCAGUCAGAAUAUUUUGUAAUCUAGUACCCAGGAGCAGAACCAGUAAGUCUUGAACAGGAGUUUCAUUGCUUUUUGGAGUGACUUACUUGCAACAGACCCAUGUGUGUCAUAUUACGUUGUAUGACAUUCUUGUGUUCAAUCAAAUUUUCAUUUCAGGCAUUUUAAGACAUGCAGUUUUUUUCUUUAUUGUAGUUCUGUUUAUAAAAACGAAGAUGGUGGUGGUGUUUUGCAUAUUCAAACACAGCUGUAUGACUUUCUUUUCAAAUGCUAGUAAGUUAAUUUGUGUUGUGAUGAAUAGUAUUUUGUUUUCUUACUCAGUAUAAAAUAUUAUUAGAAGCUUUUGUAAACUUAUUAUGCUAUAAUUUUCAUUAAUAAACAUAGCCUUACUUACUUACUUACU